UAUCAAUCAAUCCAUUCAAAGCCCUUGUUCUUCAAGCUUAAUCUUCCCCCAUCCAGACCACUCAAAUCGCCCUGUCUAUUUCCGGUCUUCCUCAUUACAGUCAUUUAUCUCAUCAAAAGUUACAUACCCUCGUACGUUUAUCCUCGCUCAGAUCAAUCUUCUACCUACCCCAUUCUGUUAUUAUUCUCCGGUUCCUUCAAAGUCCUUUGUUCUCCCUCAUCUCAUAAGCUUUUCACCCUCGUCAGAUCCACUACUUAAAAACUGGAUCCUCGGACAUUGCCUUCAUCGCUUGUAGUCCUUGUCCACUCAUCUGAAAAAUUUCGUAAUAGAAGCAAGGCAUCUGUUAUACUGAGGUACACCCUCGUUCUGUUCCCUUGUCCCAGUCCCGCAUCUAAAGAUUUCUUGCUGUUUUUCUACCACUAUUAUUGCACGCCGCCUGUCCUGUCAGAAGAUCUCAUUCCAGGUACCGCGCUGCUGCACUUGACCCUCGUCAUCAAGGAUCGACCACCACUUUCAUACACCUCAAGUCUCGAAGUAUACAUCGCGACGCGACUCACUUUUCUCAAUGGUCUCUACAUUUUUAACGUUACAUAUAUCACAAAAAUUGAAGGAACUAUCACUAACAAAUGGCAUCAAUGCAGCAUCAUCCCCACCACACGCCGCAAGGUCCUCCUCCACCUCCACACCAUCUACAACAACAACCGCGACCUUCGAGCAUUGUGCACCAGCAUCAUCAGCAAGCUCCUCCCCAACCACAACAUUCUAACGCGUAUCCUUCGGGGCACGCGAUACCUCAAUAUCCACAAACUGCUACAGGACCUGGUGGUCAACAUCAAGAACUUCCAUAUUACCCAACUCACCCAAGUCCCUACAGUACACCAAGCGCAUCUGGUACAUAUUCAUCCGCAGGUACGUAAACGCGUAUAAAAAUAAAAAAAAACGCGUUUUUGUCACACAAUAGACUAAAUACUAACUGUCGCAUAGGUCCAGAAACACCGGACAUUAUGGCGGCUACUCAACAUAUGACGCGAGCGCCAUAUCCUCCGAUUUACCAAACUCCUCAAUCCAACUCUCCCGCCUCUGUUGCAUCGCCUGCACAUGAGAACAGGAUGUACGCGCCAUCAUCACAAUUGCAGCAAAACCCGCAGAUGUAUUAUCCAGGGCCACCGCAGCAGCAAUAUCCUCCUCCUAUGGCCCAAGGGGGGCCUUCUCCAUAUGCGCAACAGCAGCCACCUCCGCAACAGCAGCAACAUCAUCAUCAGCAGUCCAUGACCUCACAGCCAACACUGCUCAUGUCGCAUCAGACAAAUCAACACCCGAUGCAGCAACAUCCUAAUCAACACCAACAGCCAGGUAUGACCGGUAGCCCAAGAACGAAGAUGGAGCCACACGUCCCACAAAUUGCACGACCAAAUCCACCAUUAGGAGCUCAGCAUUCUGCAAAUGGUACACCUCAAAUGCAACCUAACAAUGUGCCUGGAAACGGGGGUAGCGGGGUUAAUCCAAACGCUGCGCCGGGUCCAAUUCCAGCAACCACCCCCCUCGUUGUGCGACAAGACAACAAUGGAGUUCAAUGGAUUGCAUUUGAAUAUUCCCGCGACCGUGUCAAGAUGGAGUAUACGAUCAGAUGUGAUGUUGAGUCUGUGAACGUUGAGACCUUGACCCCGGAAUUUAAAACGGAGAAUUGUGUUUACCCGAGGGCGUGCUGCAGCAAGGAUCAAUACAGGGGAAAUCGAUUGGUUUACGAAACCGAGUGCAACACUGUCGGGUGGGCCUUGGCAGAAUUGAACCCUUGUCUACGUGGCAAACGUGGAUUAAUACAAAGAGCGGUCGAUAGUUGGAGAAACAGUAACCAAGAUCCACGAUUGAGAAGUCGAAGAGUUCGAAGAAUGGCAAAAAUUAACAAUCGUAAAGCGGUUCAAGCGGCUACCUCCCACAAUCCUCAUAUGACUGGUCCUAGUCCGACAGGGAUGCCACCUUCUGCGAACAUGGGUCCUGGCGGCGCGGGAAGCAUGGGCAAGCCUAACCUUGGCGGCAUGGGUGGUCCUCAACUUCAUCACCACCACGCUCACCCGGACGGAAGUAAUCAAGGAGGAGAAGAAGUCGGUAUGUUUCACCAGAUGUGAUGUGCGAUUAUUAUUAUUUUGUUAUGAUACCAUUCUUGCGAAUAUACCUGUUGAUUGGGGGAAAUUUUGGGCCAUUAAAGUGACUAGUCACAAAAGCACUUUCAUGUAUAAUACAACAUUGCACUUUUGCUUCCUGCCUUCUGCGAUACCUACCCAUUACCCCGCGUUAUGUCUUUGUAUUAUUGUAUUGCUCCCCAUUGCUUGCUUGCUUUGUAUUGUUAUUGUUUUGCUUCCCGGAUAAACCUGAGAGGCUAAUCAAUAAACCCAUUUGUAGGCGACGAAGAAUAUAUGGAUGAGAACACUCACCACCAUCAUCAAGCUCCGAUUGGGCAAUCUGCCAACUCUGGAGAUGAUGUGCGACAAGGUCAAGCUUUCCCAGGCUUUUCCAGCAACUACCCUUCGAGUUCGUCAGUAGGUGGAGCUUCCAUGGUUCCAGGCAGCCACGACGGACGCCCAUUGCCUCGCUCGGCCCACCCAAUUGCUGCACAAUCAAAAGAGGAAGAAGAUGGUGUUGACGUUUUUGGCAAUGUUCCCGAAGCAAAAAAGCGCAAGUUCAUCUUGGUUGAGGAUCCUAUAAAGCAAAGUCGUAUUCGUGUCCGAGUUACAUUGGAUACGGUUGACAUCAAUGAGAUUCCGGAUUCAUUCCGAAAGAGUAACUCGGUCUAUCAACGUUCUUGGUUUCCAUUGCAAAUGCAAUCGCCCCCUCCAUCGGCCAACGGCAGUCAAUUCUUCCAGGAUGAUGAUAGCGAUGAUGAAGUUGAUGGAGGUCGAGGUCGAUCUCGACGUGGCAGAAAAAUGGUUGCUGUUCAAUUGCCAAACGGUGAUGAGGGCGAAAUUCCUAUACCAAGAAUGCGCAAGUCUCAAAGAGCGUUGGAGGUCAAGCUUAAUGACUUGGGAUAUAGAAUGACCUGGCAUCAAAGCAGAACAUUUGCGGACAAGGCUGUUUUUCUACAAAAAGCCCGUGAGUAAUUUUCCAGUUCUUGAAAUUGCCAAUUAUUGCGAUGAUCAUUACUAACCAUAUGAUACAGUUGAUGCAUGGCGCAACAAGGUUAAAGAGAACAUUGGAAAUGCUGGAAGAGAUGUCACUGCUAUUCCUCACUUCGAUACUCGUUCUGGAAAGCGACGCUGGUUAGAAAGCACCAAGAGACGCGAGCAACAAGAAACGGAACCUUGAAGGGGGUCUUCACUCCUCAGCAGUACGCUGUACCAUUAUAAUCACGACAUCUGCUUCCCCAAUGAUCUUCUUGGAUGGAGAGAAGGGAGUGUCUUCAUGUUUCCACCCCUUUCCGGAAGGCAAUCCGCGGCUGUGAUGAGAUCAUGACUCGUUUGGGUGGUGGAUUGAUUUAAUACCUACAUUGCUUGGAGUGUGUUUUUUUCUCUCGUUGCUUUUCUUUUUGCUCUUGUUUUUGGUUUUGGUUUUGUUCUUGUUUUCCACUAUUUUGGUUUCAUCAACAAGUUAUUUGCUCUUUUUUUCGAUCAAAUGAGAAGUAAAAUGAAUAAAUUGAUUAUCGUCGAGGAAAUGCAUGAUUUGGGGAAGUAACGUCCGUGCGUAUUAUUUUACGGAUUGAUUUUCAGGGAGGUUGGUACAUCGAUUGUAAGGAAGAAAGGAGGGAUUCCUUUGGAAGACGAAAGAUAUUUGGGGAGGAAUGUGAAGAUGAGGGAUGAGG